AUUCUUUGACAGUAUUUUGAUUCGUAUCUGCUGGAAGUGAGGAAAAAGAGAAAAGUGAAGGGCUGUCGAGGGGAGGGGGGGCACAAGAAGAGGAGCUGUCAAAAAGGUAUUCCCGAGUCUCUGUCAAACGGCGGAGGGCUAAGGCUCGGUAUCCCUCCCCCUAACUCUAUUUCGAGGACACAGAAGGCCCGGGGCCUCGGUGCAAGUUGGCUCUUCGUCUCCCUGGUAGUAGCUGGACCCCUCUUUGCUGCUCUUCUCCCAGCUCCGCGGCCCUCCGGAGGUCCAGCGGCGGUCUCGGGUGUUGAAGGCGGUCCGGGGAGCGGCAGAGGCGGCAGCGGAGACUGGAGGAAGAUGUUCAUAAUGAAGGCGGUUUGCUGCCAAGACUGACUCCCCCCGUGCGCUGAACAGAACAAACAGACCUGGCAUCAUACGAAUGGCCCAGGGAAGCCACCAGAUUGACACUCAGGUUUUGCAUGACCUGCGCCAAAAGUUCCCUGAAGUCCCAGAGGGUGUUGUCUCCCAGUGUGUUCUGCAGAAUAACAACAAUUUAGACGCCUGCUGUGAAUAUUUGUCCCAGGUCAGUCCGGGCUACCUGUACAGUGAAGAAGGGAACCUCAGCUUUUCGGACGACCCCAGCUUCACCAGGCUCCGUAAUCACAUGACCCAGCUGAACCUGGACCUGCAGCCUCAGAAUGUGCACGUGGCCCCGGUUCGGGACGGCCUGAGAAUGAAUGGCAGCCGGACUCUGGCCCACAGCCUGAGUGAAGGGCCCCUCCCUGCAGGCCAGGCCACUAACAGUGACUUCUUUCAGCAGGAGCCCCAGACAGCCCCAGUGCAGGUGCCCUCUACUUUCAAUGUAUUUGGCGUGAUGGAGCCCACGCGUAAACCGCAGCCUCCACAGCACCUUGGACUCUACCCUCUGGGUGUCAAAGGAACAUCUAUGGGUGCACAGCAGACACCACGCUUCAACCCAAUCACCGUGACGCUAGCCCCUAACAUCCAGACAGGCCGCAACACCCCUACUUCUUUGCACAUACAUGGUGGGCCACAGUCGGGCCUAAGUAGUCCACAGGGUAACUCAAUCUACAUCCGGCCUUACCUUAGCCAGUCCGGUACGACGCGGCAAAACCAGCAGCAGGGAGGCAGGGCUCAGUACAGCCCCACUUCCCAGCCUCAGCAGCAGAUCUACCAGAUCUCACAUCCUUCCUCCCUGUCAAGCUCCUGGUCCGGCCCUCAGCACUCUUCCUCCUCCUCCUCUCAUACCUCACAGCCCCAGACCCAGGGCCAUCAAACCUCUCACGUCUACAUGCCCAUCAGCUCCCCUACAAAUCCCCAGCCACCCUCCUCUGUCCUUACUGGAAGCCAGGCCUCUUCCUCUGGUGUCUCCUCAUGCUCCUCCUCCUCUUCCUCCUCUUCAGUCAUGCCCGGCUCCCUCUCUACUAUCAGCCAGUACAACAUCCAGAACAUCUCCACCGGCCCACGGAAGAAUCAGAUCGAGAUCAAACUUGAGUCUCCCCAAAGGAGCAAUUCCACAACAGCCGUGCUGCGGACGAGCAGCGGGCCCCGCUCAUCCUCCACGUCCUCCUGCCCUUCCUCUUCCUCCUCAUCUGCUGGGGCAGCUUCUGUCCCUGCCACCCCUCUGGCAAUCGGAGGCCCGGGUCCCACUGUUUACAUCUCUACUGCUGCUACCACUCCCUCUGAGGAAGUCAUUGUUGCCUCAGCCGGCUCUCGCCCACAGCCCAAGUUGGGUAGGAACCCUCACACACUCUUCAUCUCAACAAACCCUCCCUUACAGGGGCCCCCAGGGGCCAGGAACAUAGGGGGACAAGUGAGCAUGGGCCCUGCCUACAUCCACCAUCAUCCACCUAAGUCCCGCGCCUCUGUGGGAGGAGGGGGCACAGCUUCUUCCCCACGUGUGGUGGUCACUCAGCCUAACACCAAAUACACUUUUAAAAUCACGGUGUCUCCCAACAAGCCCCCAGCUGUGUCCCCUGGAGUCGUGUCCCCAACUUUUGAGCCUAACAAUCUCCUCAGCCUACCCUCAGACCACCACUUCGCAGAGCCAGACCCCCUGCAUCUCUCAGACCCACUAUCGCCACACCGAGAGAGACCAAGUGAGCCUCGCCGACUUAGCAUGGGCUCUGAUGAUGCAGCAUACACACAAGCGUUGUUGGUGCAUCAGAAGGCACGAAUGGAAAGGCUGUGGCACGAGUUGGAGAUGAAGAAGAAGAAGCUGGAGAAACUAAAAGAGGAAGUCAAUGAAAUGGAGAAUGACCUGACCAGGAGACGUCUGGAGAGAUCCAACUCAGCCUCCCAGAUUCCCUCUAUUGAUGAAAUGAAGCAGUUGCGAUCCCAAAACAGGUCACUGCAGAUUGACAUAGACUGCCUCAGCAAAGAAAUUGAUCUCCUUCAAACAAAAGGACCACACUUUAAUCCCAGCGUAAUCCACAACUUUUACGACAACAUUGGAUUCCUCGGUCCUGUCCCACCCAAACCCAAAGGUACUUUAUCUGUUGACACGGGCGGUAAGAGUGUGAAGCCCAUCACAGACCAGGAGGACGAGGGGACGCAGUGGAGCUGCACAGCCUGCACCUUCCUCAACCACCCCGCCCUCAUCCGCUGUGAACAGUGUGAUUUCCCGCGGAACUUCUGAGCCAGCAAGGCUGCGACGCGCCGCCCCUUCCUCUGCCCGGCUGUCUUCUAGCAGACUGGAACAGACAAGGGCUCUGUCUGUUACUUUUCCCCCUAGAUGUAUGAAAACCGGGACAGGGUGUAGUCAUCAUACAUUGUGCAGCCCGUUUUUCCUUUUUUUUUUUUUUUUUUUUUUUUUCCCUCUUGUGUUUUCUCCUCUCUAUAGGCGUGUAGAACGCUGUCCACUGAAGGCUUGACUGGACGGUGUUUACAGCUUACGUUUCUUCCUAUAGGCCGGCAGAGUCGGAUAAUACCUCACCUUAGAGACUGGCAUGGUGUGGGGUCCCCUUCUCCCCCUCCCACCCCCCUUGCUCAACAGGUGACACUUUACCCCGGGGAUACCUCGCUGCUCCCACUUCACAGUAUUACAAGCGUGGCCCUGCAGCGUGAUUGCGCACAUGCACACUCAACACAGAUGUGCCUUUUGUUGAUAAUUUUUUUUUUUUAAUUU